CAGAGUGGGGUUACAGUACUGUCCCAGUGUGGGAGUACAGUAUUGGAUCAGUGCAGAGUGGGGUUACAGUACUGUCCCAGUGUGGGGGUACAGUAUUGAAUCAGUGCAGAGUGGGGUACUGUAUUGGAGCAGUGCAGAGUGGGGGUACAGUAUUGGAUCAGUGCAGAGUGGGGUACAGUACUGUUCCACUGUGGGGGUACAGUAUUGAAUUAGUGCAGAGUGGGGGUACAGUGCCACCUGGUUCUCCUGCUCUAAAUGCCCUGCCCUCCCUGCCUCAGAUCUGCCCCCCCCCAACCCCCUCCCCGCAGGGAUCACAUGGUACGUCACAUCAGCUGAUUAGCCUAAUGCUCAGCACCACUGCCUUCAUCCUCAGUCCAGCCCUCGUGAGCACGCACACAGAGGACGCAUGGCGACUCCCAACCACAGCUUCUCCUGAACGCCACAUUACUGUAACUUUACAGUUUUUCAAAGAGUGGGGGAAAAAGUACCAUGAUGUUUUUCUGCUUACAGACCGGGUCAUCAGAUGCCAAAUGCAUCCUCUCAUCACAAGCUGAAGCUGCCUCUAACGAGCCACUAGUUCCCAGGAACGAGUGCGGAAAGAAUCAAGCCUUUGUGUUGGGGUGGGGCGAGGGGUGAAGUUGGAAAUGUCAGUCACGUGCUCCUAACUACACUCAUGACUGUACGAGCCUUAAGGGAAGCACAGUGUAAGAGCCGGCUUCAUUCAGCUCAGUCCUCCACCCCCUCCUCGCCUCCCCCGAAAAGCCGCUUUCCCUGGAGAGAGGUGAUUUUCAUGGGGCAGAGUCACUCUUUGGCACGCUGAGCUGCUAUGCAGUAGAGCUUCCACUCCUGCUGCAUUUGGGGCUUCGUUUGGGGCUCUGCUGUGUUUGGGACAGCGUUUGAGCCUGUGUUUGGGCAUUUGGGGCUGUGUUUUGGCGUUUGGGACUGUUUGGGGCUGAGUGUGGGGCUUGGCUGUGUUUUGGCUGUGUUUGGGGCUGAGUUUGGGUGUUUGAGCCUGUGUUUGGGGCUGUGUUUGGGUGUUUGAGCCUGUGUUUGGGCCUGUGUUUGGGGCUGUGUUUGGGGCUGGGCUGUGUUUGGGGCUGUGUUUUGGCUGUGUUUGGGGCUGGGCUGUGUUUGGGGCUGAGUUUGGGUGUUUGAGCCUGUGUUUGGGAGUGUGUUUGGGGCUGUGUUUGGGGCUGGGCUGUGUUUGAGGCUGUGUUUGGGGCUGUGUUUGGGUGUUUGGGCCUGUGUUUGGGAGUGUGUUUAGGGGUGUGUUUGGGGCUGUGUUUGGGGCUGGGCUGUGUUUGAGGCUGUGUUUGGGUGUUUGAGGCUGUGUUUGGGGCUGUGUUUGGGUGUUUGAGCCUGUGUUUGGGUGUUUGAGCCUGUGUUUGGAGCUGUGUUUGGGUGUUUGGGGCUGAGUUUUGGUGUUUGGGACUGUCGGCCGUCCCUGGACCAGCUGCUUCUGCGGCUCGUUUAAACCUGUCGCCAUGACGCUGCUGACGGAGGAGGAGCUCUCUCGGAUCCCGGCCGCGGGGGCGGACGUCAGGGCGCUGGGGGGGAGCUGCUCGGGGGACUGCGGGCCGAAGGAGUGCCUGUCCAGCGCGGAGUGGGCGGUGUUCGGCGCGGUGGAGCCGGCCCGGCGCUCGCGGCGGCAGCUGGUGAUGCACAGCACGGUGAUGUUCGGCCGCGAGUUCUGCUACGCGGUGGAGGCGGCCUUCGUCACGCCGGUGCUGCUGAGCGUGGGGCUGCCGCGCAGCCUGUACAGCCUGGUGUGGCUGAUCAGCCCCGUGCUGGGCUUCGUCCUGCAGCCCGUCAUCGGCUCCACCAGCGACCACUGCGCCUCGCCUUGGGGCCGCCGCCGCCCCUACAUCCUGGCCCUCGGGGUCCUGAUGCUGGCCGGGCUCACACUCUUCCUCAACGGAGACGCCGUGGUGUCAGCCAUAGUAACAGAGAGGAACUUGAAGAGGACCUGGGCCAUCGUGGUGGUGAUGUGCGGGGUGGUUCUGUUUGACUUUGCGGCGGACUUCAUCGACGGGCCUGUGAAGGCCUACCUCUUCGACGUCUGCUCACACCAGGACAAAGAGAGAGGUCUGCACUACCACGCCCUCCUGACGGGUCUGGGAGGAGCCUGUGGGUACCUGGUCGGGGCGAUGGACUGGGGUCACUCCGCUCUGGGGGUACUGCUGGGCUCGGAGUACCAGGUGAUCUUCUUCUUCUCGGCCCUCACCUGGGGAUGCUUCCUGUGCCUGCACCUGUUCAGCAUCCCGGAGACGCCGCUGGAGAAGGGCGGGGCCCUGGAGCCCCGCCCCUCCGACACGGUGCUGCUCCUGGGGAACCAGAGCAGCGGGUACGGGACGGUCCCCAAAGAGCCUGCCCCAGAACCGGAGUUCAGAACCCGCUCCUUCUCCGCCCUGGGUGAAGCCAACUCCGUCACUUCCAGCGCCAAGCAGCCCAACAAGGAGGUGCAGAAGCGGAUGACCCUGAAGUCGUUGCUCCUGGCGAUGAUCAGCAUGCCCAGCCACUACCGCUGCCUCUGCGUUUGCCACCUGCUGGGCUGGACGGCCUUCCUCUGCAACAUGCUCUUCUUCACGGACUUCAUGGGGCAGAUUGUGUACAAGGGGAACCCGUAUGCUGACCACAACUCCACGGCCUACAGCACGUACGAGAGAGGAGUGGAGGUGGGCUGCUGGGGCCUGUGCAUCAAUGCUGUGUCAUCUGCCCUCUACUCCUAUGUGCAGCGCCUCCUCCUCCCGUAUAUCGGGCUUAAGGGGCUGUACUUCGUGGGGUACUUUGUUUUUGGGCUGGGUACCAGCCUGAUUGGCCUGUUCCCCAACAUCAUCGCCACCCUGACCCUCUGCAGUGUCUUCGGAGUGAUGUCCAGCACUCUCUACACCAUCCCGUUCAACCUCAUAUCUGAGUAUCACAAGGAAGAGGAGGCCCUGAGGAAGAUGAGGGAAGAGGAAGGCGGCAGUGGACGAGGCACAGGUGUGGACUGCGCGGCGCUCACCUGCAUGGUGCAGCUGGCUCAGAUCAUCGUGGGGGCGGGGCUGGGCGCCCUGGUCAACAUGGUGGGCAGUGUGAUCGUCGUGGUGCUCUCCGCCUCCACCGUCGCCCUCAUGGGCUGCCUCUUCAUCGCCCUCUUCAUCAGACACGUGGAGUGACCCCUCUGAACGACCGACCAAUAAACACCUUCCCCACAGCC